GUUUUAUUCCCUUAAAAAUAUUUUCCCUAAGGUUUUCAGAUUCUCUUGAUUUUUUUUUCUCCCCUUUCUCCGGAAUCUUCGACCGAAACCCCGCACGCCCAAUCAAGCCCUAGAUCGGAAUCCUAGGGUUUGGAAUUUCGAAUUCCCAAUCAAUCAGACUCGAAAUUCUCGUGAUUUUCGAUUCUCUCCUUUUUUUUCUUUUCAUUUUGGUUAUUUGGGAAUUCCAAUUCCAAUUCCAACUCCAACUCGAUGGUUAAGUUGAUGAGAUCGGGUCGGGCGGACCCAGAGGCGGCGGCGAUUCGUGACAAGUUCCCGGUGAAGUCGGAGAUCGAGGACUCAUUGGAAGAAGAACACGGCCCUCUCAACAAGCGAUCCAAGUCCUCCUCUCCUUUCGAUGAGUUUAGCAGUGGAGAAAAUGAGUUUCCUAUCCCACCUUCACAAUACAAUCCACUUGAUGAGCCAAGCCCUCUGGGCUUGCGUCUGAGGAAAAGCCCCUCAUUGUUGGAUUUGAUACAAAUGAGGCUCACCCAAGGUAAUGUUUCUUCUGUAACUUCUGCACCAAGUGGAAAUCUUAGUUUGAGAGACAAGAAGGAUGUCAAGGGCACUGCUACUUCUGCUACAACUGACAAGCUAAAGGCCUCGAAUUUUCCAGCUGUGCUUCUUAGGAUUGGGCAGUGGGAGUAUGCGUCAAGAUUUGAAGGUGAUUUGGUAGCAAAAUGCUACUUCGCUAAGCAUAAACUCGUCUGGGAAAUUCUUGAGAGUGGUCUCAAGAGUAAAAUAGAGAUCCAAUGGUCAGAUAUCAUAGCUUUGAAGGCGAACUUGCCUGAUGAUGGACCUGGAUCCUUGACUGUCACGCUAGCUAGGCCUCCGCAUUUCUUCAAGGAGACCAAUCCACAGCCUAGAAAGCACACCUUAUGGCAGGCAACUGCAGAUUUUACCGAUGGACAAGCCAUUAUGCACAGGCAACAUUUUCUGCAAUGCACACAAGGCCUGUUAAACAAACACUAUGAGAAAUUAAUCCAGUGCGAUAUGCAUCUCAAUCUUGUUAGCCGACAGCCAGAGAUGGUUUUAGAUUCACCAUAUUUCGAUGCACGAGGCUCUGUUUUGAAAGAUCCAAACGAAUCUGAAGUCCAGGAAGUUGAUCAAUUGGAGACUGCCAAAAGAUCUCCGAGCUCUGGUUUCCAAGUUGUGGCAUCACCAUCCACAGCACAGUCUUGCUCCUUGAAGAUUGAAGAACAGAAUUCUGUUGGUAUAGCUUCGGAGCAUUCGUCACCAGAAUCUCCUUCCCCUAGCUCAGUGAUGGAUUUGCGUGCAAACGGAAGUCAUGGUGGAGAUGGUCUUCAGGCACAACGGGAUUGGGAACAGAUAAAAGUGCCAGGGCUCCGUCAAUCCAUGUCCAUGAGUGAUCUUGUGAACCACAUUGGACAUUGUAUUUCGGAACGAAUGGCCUCUGGAAAUUCACCAUGCCGGAAGGAAGCAUUAGAAUGUCAGGACAUGCUUGAGAACAUUGCACAGGCCCUGCUGAGUGAUACACAGUUUACAACAGCUUCUGAUGAGAAGACACUUAUGUCGAGAGUCAAUUCUCUUUGCUGCCUUCUGCAGGACCCUGCUACAGCCCCAAACAUGCAGGUCGAUUGUGAAAGUCAAUUGCAGGGACUUGAUGAUCGAAAGCACAUUCAAGCUUCUGAAUCAAUGCAUGAGAAUGCAGCUGGAAGUAUGUCGAGGAAGGACUCGUUUGGGGAUUUACUGCUUAGUCUACCUCGGAUAACAUCUCUGCCGAAGUUCUUGUUUGACAUAUCAGAAGAUGACGAGAACCAAGACAGGUAAUGCAUGUUUUUUCUUUUAUUUAUUUCAGAAGGUGGUGAGGAUCAAGCUGCUGAGAUUUGUGUUUCUUGUACGUCACUAUAAUCAUAGAAGUUGUGGCUGGUUAUUUGGACUCUUGGGGAGUUCUAGGGUUCGGAAAAUUUGUUUUGAUGAAGAAUCCUGAUAUUCCCUAUACGAGAAUCUUGGUUGUAGGUGUUCCAGAUCCAUUUUCCGUGGAGGAAAAUGGAUUUGUAUGUUAUCAGUUAAGUUCCUCAACCAUAUUAAGGGCUUUGUUGUCUACUUAUCUUUGCUUAAUCAAUUUUUUUUAGUAGGCUCUGCACUUUUUAUGUAAAUGUUGUAAUGGGGAUGGGAGUGAUGUUAGUCCAGUCCUGGAUUCAAUAAUUUGAAUAGCAAUGUUGUUUCUGAUCCAUAUAAUACAUGACAUUUAUUUGUUGAUUUCGUUAUUUAUUGAGGUUGAUUUAUGGAA